UGAACGAAAGUACCAAACACAUCAAAACCUCUGCAUUUUGUGUUUCAUUCAUUCAUUCAUCAACAACUCUGUUCCUGAACAAGGACAACCACAUCAUUUUCCACCCCGCACUCUUCUCGUGUUUGUCUUCUAAGGCGUUCCUUUGCGCUGAAAUUCUGAAAACAGGCGUAAUGGAAGACGUUGUUUCGAACACGAGGAGAUGGGAGGAUCUGGACACAGAUAUUUUGGUGAAGAUUUUUCAGUUGCUUGACAUAUUCGAGUUAACUUCUGGCAUUGCUCAUGUUUGUAGCGCAUGGCGCAUGGCUUGUUGUGAUCCACUUCUUUGGAAGACACUUGAUUUGUCAAUGUUGAGAAGUAACUUCAUCAAGAUUCCAUUAGAGCCUUUUGUUUACGUUGAUGAACGGUCUGAUAAGAAAUUAACCCGAUUAUUGAAGAUUUCCUUGAAUCUGAGCAGAAUGAGUAUAGUGACAUUAAUCUUCCAUUUCAACUUGUACGUGAGUGAUGAUCAGUUGACAUACACUGCUGAAAGGUGCCCACAUCUCAAACGACUGGUUCUGCCGGCUUGGAACAGAAUUAAAAGAACAGGAAUGUGCAAGGCAAUCCGUUGCUGGAAAGAGCUAGAGUCUCUAACAAUGCCUAGUAUAGCAAACCCGCCAUAUUUUCUAGAGGAAAUUGCAACAAACUGCAAGAACUUCAGUGAACUCAAGAUUAUGGGGCCAUGUGACAUCUUCUUUGCUUCAACUCUUGCUGCAUUUGUUCCAAAAUUGAGAUUCUUGAGCCUUCGGUGUUCAACGCUAUAUAGGGAUGUUCUCAUUCUCAUCCUAGACAGCUUAGAACAUUUAGAAGUGCUCAAUAUAUCACAUUGCAUUCUAAUGGAAUGUCUCCCCCCUCCUCAACAUAAAAAAAUUAUCAAUGAAAUUGAUUCUACUAUCCGCCAGAAGGCUUCUCGAUUGCGCGAAUUUAUCACAUGCAUGGAUGACUCGUGUAUCAUGUGCCAACGUACAAGAACUGAUGAAGGGAUAGUUAGGUGGUACAAGUAUGAGGAAGGAUUUUGGAAAGAAGAUGAGGUGAAGUCUCUUGCACUCUAAGCAGACAAUAACUGCGAUCUGGUUGUUGAACAUUUUCGGUUGUUAAGUUUUUCUUUUAAUUGUAGAUUCAAAUAACAAAUUUGAAUGAUUACAAAUUGGUGUUGUUGUGCCCUUUAAAAGGAGUUUGUUAAAUCUUGUAACUGUGCAUAAGAAUAAGUUCUAUUUUGUGCUCUAAGUUUAGUUGGCUUCAUUUUAUAAGACUGUUUGUUUUCUUUCA